GAUUAUGCAAAUGUAUAUAUCUAUCUAUAGAUCAAAUUUCAGGUAACAAGGAAGUACACGAAAAUAACCGAAGACGUGCGUGAUUUGCCUCUUUCUCCUUCUUUUUCCCACGGAUCUCCGGCAGGGCCGCCGCUACAGCGCUUUCCAUCGAUCAAAUUCCUCCAGUCCGAUCCAGCAAUGGCGCCGCCGGUGCAGGAGCAGUGGUUCAUCCUGGCCGGAAUCGCUAACGUCGUGAAGGACAAGAAGGCGAAGCGCACCUUCCCGCCGGGCGCCGACGUAUCCGUCGCCUACGCCGAGCCCCCGCGCGCCUCCGUCCUCACCGUGCCUUACCGCGUCUCCUCCCCGCCCUCCCUCUGCAGCUACCCGUACGUCGCCGCCGCGGACUCCUCCGGCCUCAUCCUCCUCUGCGCCACGGAGCCUGAGGGCACCAACUCCUGGGUCACCUACCACCUCUGCGACGCGCGCACCGGCGAGGACACCUGCCUCCGCGGGCACGGUCGCGCCAUGGGCUGCCACGGCAACAACCUAGGCCUCAUGGUGAGGGGCGGCAGCCGCGUUGUUGUCGCCGAGCUACAGCCCGCCGGCGACGGCACUGGUGGCGCUCUGCUCCUCUCCUACACGGUGGGGCAGUACAGGUGGGUCGAGAAGGAGCUCGCCUACUCGCCCCCGCUGCACCGUGAAUGGCGCGGCGACGGCGUCAUCUCCCACGCCGGGAUGCUCUGGUGGGUGGACCUCUCGUACGGCCUCCUCUCCUGCGACCCCUCAGCCGACACGCCGGAGCUGCUCCACGUCCCGCUCCCGUCGGUCGGCGACCCGCUGCCGGUGCUUUCGGCAAACGGCGGCGCCCACCGCUGCGUGAGGGUGAGCGGCGGGAUGCUGAGGUUCGUGCAGAUCCAUGGCAGCCCCGACGCGCCGGUGGUGAGCACGUGGGCGCUCGUCGAGUCGUCGGGGAACUGGAAUCCCGAGCGCCAUGUGGCCUUGGCCGACGUCUGGGCCGACGAGAGCUACCUGGACAUCAUGUUGCCGGGGAGCGUCCCUGCGCUUGCGCUGCUCCACCCGGAAGACCCUGACAAGGUCUUCUUCUUCCUCGGCUCCUGCAUCUUUGCCGUCGACCUCCGGCAGAAGAAGGUUGUGGAAUUCAGUAACUUUGCAAUGCCUGACUCGCCCAACGAGUUUCUCAUGCGGUCAUCCCACUUCGUCCAUGUAUGGCAGUACGAUCCUUCAAGCACUCGCUGAGAAGGUCGUGUCCUCCAUGGCUGCGGUAAGCCUCACAGUCAUCUGUGGUGAUGGGAACGAAGCUAAGUUUUGGACUGACAGUUGGUCUUCCGUCGGCCCGCUGAACCUGUUUGCUCCGAAUCUGUUCGGUUCGGUGUCGCGUGCGGGUAAGAGGAGGUCUGUCCGUGCUGCUAUUGCGCAACGUCAGUGGGCAAGAGACAUCGUCGGCGCAACCACAACUCAAGUCAUCCUUCAGUACCUGCAAGUUUGGAACAUUGCAGAAUCCGUGCAGCUCGACCCGUUGUCUGUGGACCGCUUUGUGUGGAAGUGGUCGCCCGACGGGAACUACUCCGCAUCGUCCACCUACCGGGCCUUCUUCCACGGGUCGGCAGCCAUGCUUGGGGCGCGCGAGCUCUGGAAGACCAAGGCACCGCCUAAAGUGAAGUUCUUUGUUUGGCUGAUGUUACACAGGAGGCUGUGGACGGGGGAUAGGAGGCGUCGGCAUGGUUUGCAAGACCACGAUCUUUGCGCCUUCUUCUCUCAAGAGGCCGAGACCGUGGAGCAUCUCGUGCUUGGUUGUUAUCUGUCCAGGGGACUUUGGUUCGCGCUACUUAGGCCACUCGGCAUGCACAGCCGGAUGCCGGCAGCAGCUCAAGACAUUGGCGAGUGGUGGAUCGAUGAGCGUCGAAACCUGCAGCAGGGUGAGCAGGCGGGCUUCGACUGCCUAUUCAUGCUGAUCGCCUGGAAUAUUUGGAAGCAUCGCAACGGCCUGGUUUUUGAGAGUUGGCCCAGGCCUUGCCUGGAACGCCUCAAGCGCGACACUGUCGCAGAGG